CCCAUCAAUUUACAUAUCACUGUUUAACAACAGAGACGUCAAACUACACCUACACCAAACUUGCAAACAUACUGAAACAAAGGAUUUCGCAAGAAUGAGCCAAUCGGCGUACAUGCAACAUGUUGUAACAUAUGGGUACACUGUGCUAUGGAUUUUCCUGUCGGCGGUGGUCAUCCUGGUCAAUAAGUACAUUCUGGACUUCGCUGGUUUCCACUUUCCUAUCGCGCUCACCUUGUCGCACAUGGCCUUCUGCUCGGCUGUGGCGACUGCGCUGAUUAAGCUGGGCUUUGUCAAGGCCAUAGACAUGGACAACACCAUGUACUUCAACAACGUGGUGCCCAUAGCGGCGCUGUUCAGCGGCACGCUGUGGCUGGGCAACGCCGCCUACCUGUACCUGUCCGUGUCCUUCAUCCAGAUGGUCAAGGCCCAAAUGCCUGUCACCGUGUUCCUCACGGGUCUGCUGUUGGGCACGGAGCGCUACAGCUUCCGCUACGCGGCCAACCUGGUGGUGGUGGCCAUUGGUGUCGGCACUGCCUCGUACGGUGAGAUCCAGUUCGACCUGCUGGGCUUCACGCUGCAGAUGGGCUCCAUCGUCACCGAGUCCUUCCGCCUAGUGCUCAUCCAGCUGCUGCUGCAGGCCCGCGGCAUCAAGCUGAACCCCGUGACUACGCUCUACUACAUCGCGCCCGCCUGCUUCCUGUUCCUGUGCUUCCCCUUUACCUUCAUCGAGGCGCCCAAGCUGUUCGCCGCCACCGACCUGCAAGUGCCCUACGGCUUGAUCAGCCUGUCAUGCGUUGCCGCGCUCGCACUGAACAUGUCAGUGUUCUUGCUUAUUGGGCGCUCCAGCGCCCUGACCAUGAACAUCGCCGGCGUCAUCAAGGACUGGCUACUAAUCAUGCUCUCGGUCCUCCUGUACGGGUCGCCCGUCACAACGCUGCAGCUGUUCGGCUACGGCGUUGCGUUCGCUGGCGUGACGUGGUACAACAUCCAGAAGAUUCAGCAGACGAGCCCGCCCCCCGCGGCGGUCCUGACUCAGGAGAAGAGUGAUGACCUCGAAAAGCAACCGCUGGUCCAGGCUGGAGGCAAGAACUGAUUGACCAAGCAGUUUUGUAGAAUUAC